AUGGUGAGGGUCAGUGUGCUCAAUGAUGCGCUCAAGUCCAUGUACAAUGCUGAGAAGAGGGGGAAAAGGCAGGUCAUGAUCAGGCCGUCAUCCAAGGUGAUCAUCAAGUUCUUGACAGUCAUGCAGCGUCAUGGCUACAUUGGUGAGUUCGAAUAUGUGGAUGACCACCGUGCUGGGAAGAUUGUGGUGGAACUGAAUGGAAGACUAAACAAAUGUGGUGUUAUUAGCCCUCGCUUUGAUGUUGGCGUAAAGGAGAUCGAAGGAUGGACUGCGAGGCUGCUCCCAUCUCGUCAGUUUGGCUACAUCGUGCUGACGACUUCUGCUGGCAUUAUGGACCAUGAGGAGGCCCGUAGGAAGAAUGUUGGAGGCAAGGUUCUAGGUUUCUUCUAUUGA